UCCUCCGUGAAAAGGAAUCGUUGAGAAAAAGUAAUGGGUUUGCUUCAAAGCCAACCGAAUCUCACUCGUUUCCUCGCCUCAUCAUACUUAACAUUGCAUCUCAAUCUCUCUCUCUCCCCUCUUCUUCAUUACACACCUGUAUCGUUUUCCUUAUAUGUAACUUCCAAGGUUGGAAACGCAACUCUGGCAAUGCUUCAUACUGUUCACGCCACCAAUUAAUUAAUAUAUAUCUCUAUAUUCGGUUAUUUAUUAACUCCCACUCUUUUCCUUUGCUUCUUCCAUCACCCACACUCGACACCAGAAGAAGAAGAAGAAGAAUAGAUCAGGAUAAUCAUGGAGGUCACAGGCCAGGAAAUUGUGGUGUGGAAUAAGGAUCAAGCCCAAGUCAUGAAGGGCAAGCGCACCAAGCGUUCGAGGCUACCUUCCCCAAUCAGGCUAUCCGUGGCUUCUUCUUCUUCCAGCGCAGGAAGAACCAGCACCGAGGACAAUUCAGGUGGAUCAUCAUCGGUUGUAGAUAUGGCCACCGCCUCAACUGAUCAAUUGAGGGUGAGCACAGAAGAAGAGGACAUGGCCAACUGUUUGAUCCUCCUGGCUCAAGGCCAUACACCUGAGCCCUCUUGCCACAUCAACAAUAAUAACAACGAUAAGGCUUCCUCGGGGCUAUACCUUUAUCAGUGCAAGACCUGUGAUCGAUGCUUCCCUUCGUUCCAAGCGCUCGGUGGACACAGAGCCAGCCACAAGAAACCGAAGCCAAACAAUAAUUCUGAAGAAAAGCUGCCAUCAGUUACUUUUGCCAAGGAGGAUGGUCAUGACCCCUAUGGUCCCACCACAGAUUUCGUCCUCUCGUUGCAGAUAUCAAAUAGGGCUUCGCAUAGCGGCGGCAGUAACACUAAUAAGUCGAAAGUUCACGAGUGUUCUAUAUGUGGAGCUGAGUUCACUUCUGGGCAAGCCUUGGGGGGUCACAUGAGGCGCCACAGGACUUUAGUGAACAAUUCUGCGACGUGCACGACGACGAGCACGGGGAAUAAUUCUGAACUCCAGGAAGCCAACAAACCCAAAAAUGUUUUGAAGUUGGAUUUGAAUCUUCCAGCUCCAGAAGAUGAUCACAGAGAAGCCAAGUUGACUUUUCAGUCUAAAGAAAAUGUUCUGGUUUUCUCUGCAUCUUCUUUGGUGGAUUGCCAUUAUUGAACUUCAUCUCUCUGCCUCUAUCAUUUAGUUGAUUUACCUCGUCAAGAGAGAAAUCAAUUAUUGUUACCAUUGACAUUAUUAUUUUUUACCUGAUCGACUCGUAUACAGUUGUUGGCUUUUUCCAUUCUUUAAUGCUUGAUUUGAUUCCCACAGUACAGAAUC